CAUGAAAUCCUGGUACUGGACCCAGCUACGAGAAUAAGAAGAACCAAGAAGGAAGGUGUCGCUCUACGCGGAAUAAAGACGCUAUAAAUUACACUUAUUUACCAAUGCUUUCUUCUUCAACCACUCGCAUCUUCAUCCACACAACAACUGCUAUAAGAUUAGCUUCUUCCACCUCCUCUUCUUCUUCUUCCUCCUCUCUUCGAUUUCUCUCCAACCCUACCCUCUUCCGCCCUGUUUUGCACGCUUAUUUCAAACCGCUUCCUUCAACCUCGUCCACCUCUUUGUUCUCCUCCUUUAGAACCGAUCACACUAUGGCCACCUCAAGCGCCAAAUCAGUCCACGAUUUCAACGUUAAAGAUGCUAAGGGAAAUGAUAUUAAUCUUGGUGACUACAAAGGGAAGGUCCUUAUAAUUGUCAACGUUGCCUCACAAUGUGGCUUGACUAAUUCGAAUUACACAGAGCUGAGUCAGUUAUACGAGAAGUACAAACAAAAAGGUCUGGAGAUUCUAGCAUUCCCAUGCAAUCAGUUUGGGGCACAGGAGCCUGGAUCUAAUGAACAGAUACAAGAUUUUGUCUGUACUCGCUUCAAGGCUGAGUUUCCCGUUUUUAACAAGGUUGAUGUGAAUGGUGACAGUGCUGAUCCACUCUACAAGUAUCUAAAAUCAAGCAAAGGUGGACUCUUCGGGGAUAAUAUCAAAUGGAACUUCUCCAAGUUCCUUGUUGAUAAGGAGGGGAAGGUUGUUGAUCGCUAUGCACCCACAACUUCUCCUCUGAGCAUUGAGGUAAGACAAAUAGUAUUAUGCACCAAUAAUUUGGCCUAUACUUAUCUGAUACUUUUACACUAAAAAUGCUUCUUUUUCUGAUAUCUGCAGAAGGACUUGUUGAAGUUGUUGGAUGCUUGAAGCUAUGGAUGACUGCAUCUGUCAAUAAAUGAGUAGAGAUUAGAACAUAAUUAUAAAUAAGAAAAGUGUUGGAGAUGUUGUUGCACUUUCCUGUCUGUCUUACAUAUACUGAAACAGUUGCUCUUGUACCUGGUACCUGAUAUUAUGUUCAUAACUAUGACAUUGUCUACUUAAACUUAAGCUUUCUAUUA